AUGACUCUGAAAAUCAUUCUCACCGGCCUCCUGGCCAUGGCCACAACUGCCCUCACCCAGUCCAUCACACCCCCCGAGGGUUGUCCCCUUCCCACCUGGACGGUCAACAACUUCCACUGGUACAACGGCUCCCACAGCUUAGACUGCGUGCACAACCAAGCCGACAUCAACGCCAUGGGCUGCCUCUGCGGCAACAACUGGUGCGAACCAGUGCAGUCGACCUGCAACGGAUCAUGGGUCCACUACUGCUGGACAGGCAUGCCCAACUACGAGCCCUGGGGCUACGGACCCAAGGAGACGCUCGACAUCGACUUUGAAGAUGGCCUGCAGUGCCAUGACGAGUACAUCGGGUACCGGGUCCACGAUAUCGGCAACGGAGCGAGCAACUGCGGCUACAGCGACCGGGGCCUGGGACGGAUUGUCUCGUUCUACGGCAGCUCGAAUGAAGAGCAGUCCGUGGGACGGAUGGAUUACGUGCUUGGGGAUGGGCAUGCAUUGACCUGUGUGAAUGGGAGUAAGAUUACCUAUUCGGGAUCAACCGAGUUUGAGGUGAACUGUGUGCAUGAUUCUUUCUUCAAUGCGACAUGUACGGCGGAGACAUUCACGGUCCCUGUUUUGAAUUACCAAUGGGUGUCUUGA